UACUGCAUUUUAUAAACAUUAAUAAAUGAAAUAAAAAUUGUGAUGRAACAUUACUGCAUGAAUCAGAACUUACAUCUUGUCCUUUAAAAAUGCCCCGGGAUCAUUUAUCUUUUUACACUUGUUGAGGAAAUAUAAUGCUGAUGUACGGGUAGUUCAGAAAUUUGAUAAAAUAUUAUUUUAGUCAAUGCUUUUUGUUUAAGAGAAACGUCUGGAAAUCCUGCUAUUUGAUAACAGUUACACUGUUUUGUAAUUAUUUUACUUUCUGUUUUACCAAUGAGUCGUUACGCAUAAUUUAUUAUUGUAGCAUUUAUUUUAAUGUUUGCAAUCAUUAUGUUUUAUAUAUAUAAACUCUAUCUGGUGACAUUUUAUGGGUAUAAAGAAAUGUAGGUACUAAAGUUUAAAAGCCUGUCAGUAACUGGAUAUUAUGAUAAUUAAGUGUUUUUUAAUGUAAAUCGUUGAAUUAGCUAUUUUUUAAAAUUAUGAAUAUAUUUUUCAGAGUGGAUUUCCUCCGGGUGGGCGGAGCUUAGGUCACCUGACCAGGCAGCGUCCAGCUGGGUAAACAUGGCGCCUGUCUGGUUGUGAGCAGUCGGCGAAGCGUUUUCUGUCUUUAAACGAUGUUUGUGCUUCAGACACCAGUUAUGUUGACGGACUCGACGCUUGAAGACAUGAGGAACAGGAGGUCGGACGUUCCUCUUCGGCGCGUUGUGACCGUCUGCUGUCUGCUCGGACGCUGUAAUUAUUAACUGUCGCUUCAUUUUUCCCUCUAGGUUAACAAAGGCUGUGAGUUGUAUUAAUUAUUUUGUCCAGUUAUCUAUUUCUUCCUCCCCUUUUUUCUGCACUGACAUACCACUACAGGGUGACGGAUUGUGUGUGCUCAUUUGACCGCCUUACUGAUUUAUAUAUAUAUUUUUUGUGGACCAGUUCGUCUUAAAUCAACACCUCCAGUACCAGUAUGCCCAGUCUGACUAGACUUUAUGUGUCUACCCCUCACUGUUACGAUCCGACAGCUUUUCUAUGACUAACAGUGCUGCUGCUGUUUCUCAUGCCUCUCUCAGUUACAACAUUAUGAUAGGCUCCCCGGAUGUGGUAGCUUUCACCAAAGAGGAUGAGUACGGGCAGACAAACCCAGAACCCUGGGAUCUCCCAGAGGAGUUCUCCGUUCCCCUGCACCCCCUGGCCGACUCCAAUCCUUGGGCCAAAACCUCCUGCGCCAAGUUCACCAAAGACUUCAUCCUCAUCUCUGAGUUCUCCGAGCAGGUGGGUCCCCAGCCUCUCCUCACCAUCCCAAAUGACCCUAAGAUCUGCGGCACCUUUGACCUCAACUACUUCUCGCUGCGCAUCAUGUCGGUGGACUACCAAGCCUCCUUUGUGGGGCAUCCGCCCGGCAGUGGCUAUCCGAGGCUCAGUUUUGUGGAGGACUCCAGGGUUGUGCUGGGCGACUCCAAGGAGGGGGCGUUUGCUUACGUCCAUCACUUCACUCUGUACGACCUGGAGGCCAGGGGCUUUGUGCGACCUUUCUGCAUGGCGUACGUGGCGGCGGACGAGAAGAAAAUCAUGCUUCAGUUUCAGGAGCUUUCCCUUCGCUUCUCACAGGCCUCCGAGUGUCUGAAAGCUGGGAACAGGCGGGCCUUUGCUAAGGAACUCCAGAGGAAGCUCCAGGACCUUGAGUACACCCAUUCUGUGCUGCAGCGAGAGGAGGGCCUACAGAGGGAGGCGGGGCCUCAGUGCAUUUACUCCGCCCACGCCGUAGAGAAGGCCAAUGAGCUUGCCAAUGUAGAAAAGUGUAUUUAUGAACACAGAGACCUGCUGAAGCAGAUCUGCUCCUACCACCGCCGUCCACGCCGGGAUCCUCAGGCCGUCACCUGCCAGAAGUGUAUGACCGAGUGUUUAAACGAGUGUGAGAUGCUGUUGGCCAAAUACGCCAAGCUUGCCGAACCUGUUUGUUACAUUGAAAGGGUAUUAAAAGGAGUAGACACAGAGCAGAGUCCAUUAGAUGAGGACGAGGAUGACGGUGUCAAACGCAGGCCGUCCUACACGCCACAGCUGAUCAAAGCCAAGUCUGCCAAGUGUUUUGACAAGCGCCUGAAGAACCUCCGAGAGCUGUGUGAGGAGACCUUCUACGAAGCUGCGGUGGAGCUCCUGAAAGAGACGGAGAGCAGUUUCCGGGGGGAUUUGUGUUUCCUGUACACCCGCUGCCUGGACAAGGCGCUGCGCAGGAAAACAAAAGUUGUCAACUUCCUGUUUGAAGAGGAGCUGAAUGAGAACACUGCGGAUGAAGCAGGAACACUAAGACCAUUCUGUGCUGUGAAUCAUUCCAUAGACAACCAUGUGCACUUAAAUCCACCUUAUAUUGUUCUUGGACCAGAGGCUCUCGAUCUUGGCCCGUCAAGAUCUCUACAUCCACUCGACUCUGAGUCCGGGACCAGCGCUGCUCAGGGGACUGAGCUUGGACUUAGGGAGACAUCUGGACAUUUGGAAUCCUCCCCCUCAGAUCAGACUCUGGAGACUCAGGAGAGCUCAGAGGAGACCAAAGGAAGCUUCAGCAGCGAUAAGAGCGGCACUGAUCAAGCAGAGAAGCAGGAGAGUCUGGCCAGUUUGAUCUCAGAAGGACCUGACCCUUAUUCUGAUCUGACCCCUGAGCCUGACCAGAACACUGAUUUGGGGAAGGAAAGCAGCAGUGAGGAAGUUGAGACCACUGCAGGGGAGGAUAUGAGUGAUGGACUGAACCAGACCCCCGUGUCAUUGCUGGAGGUGCUGUCUGAGCUGGACGAGCAUGACGCAGUAAGCGAGUCCAAGUUGCCGGUUCCAAUAGACACGGCAUGCUGCAUCGCCCAGGAACGUUUCCUUUAUGAGGCGCCUGCCUCUAAUGUCGUGUCUUGCCUGCAACAAAACUCUUAUCCAAAGCCCUCUCAAAUCCUGGUGGUCAACCAGGAACCCCAGGCUCUUCUUCCAGUCCAAGAUGAAUACACUGUGGGUUCCCCGUGCUCUGAAAGUCCUGCAGCUGGCCUGGAGCUUCCUGUGGGUCUUGGAGAUGCGAUUUCUCAUUCCUCAGUGGAGGAGGGCUUGGACUGCACCUUGAGUGCUUCCACGGGGUCCGACAGGGCUGCCUCGCKACUUAAUUACGGGGGGUCGGUGACCUUUCGUCAGAGGAAAAAGGCUGCUCAAAGUGCUUUGAAGUUUCUGCGUCAGUAUCCCUUUGCCUUGCAGGUGAUGUGGUGUCUGCUGAGUGGCAGAACCCUGGUGGUGCACGGGUCCGAUGAGGGUAAAGUCCGCCGGCUGGUUGCUGCUCUGGCUCUCUUCCUGCCCGGUCCCGGGAAGUGUGGAGAGAGGAUUCAGGCCUGGCUGACUUGUCCCUUUAGCCUCACCGACUUACAAAGGUGGAAACUCAUUGGAUUGCAAAGAGUGGCGUCUCCUGUGGGCUCCAGCAUCUUUUACUCCCUGUCACGCUACAGCCGCUACAUCUCCAUCCUGGACGUCGACGCGAAGAGCCUGCGCUGCCCGCCGUACCGCGGACUGCUGCUCGCCAACGUGGCCGACCACCGCACCUUCAUCCGCCGCGGCUCCACCUACCUCCUCCACAUUCAGAGCACGCUGUGUCACCUCGCGGCCAGGGCCUUCCUGUUCACCUUCACCCACCACCUCCACCUGCCGGUCAGCCCCACCGUGGGGUUCGGGGUGGUGGAGGCCAGGCGCCGCUCCUUCCUGCAGGAGCAGCUGGGGCUGGAUGAGGAGGACAGCCAGAUCCUGCUGUACCUCAGCCGGCUCAUCACUCAGCAGUACCUACAGGCUGCCGACAGCGCCAGCUUUAGUUUUAACUACACCAGCAGCGUUUAUUACAAAAUCUAAUCUUAGGGGGUGGAUUAUUUCCCACAUUAUAGCAGAAACUUUGGUUUUUAUCUGCCUAAAAUGACCCUACUGCAGUCAGACUCGCUGCACUGAUUGCUAUUUUAACCGUGUUUAGACUCUGUUUGCUGCGUUGUUCUCUGUUCAUCUGGUUGUUUGUUCAAAGCAUCUCUGAGACGUUUGUGUUCGAGCCUCUGCAGAUGAAGAUCGGCURGGCUUGUUCUUAUGGUUUUUUUUUACUUCUGUGAAAAUGGAGAGAGAAAAACCCUGUCGUUAUCAAAGCUCAGUCAUUUCUCUCCUCAACACACAUGGACAGAGAAGUGCAGCAUCACGGCCAUCUGUCUGCGCCGCUUUGACUUCAGCCGACUUCCUAACAGGUUCAGCCUCGGCUACGUGUCAACACCUCYCAGUUCGUCAGCGUCGUCCAUCUUUUCCAAGUUUGUCCAACACACGUGUGCUGUCAUCUGCUGCACGCAAGAACAGACAUCUAUCCACGAAACGCCACUAAUGCAGCUGGUUUUAUGACAAAGAAACUAAC